AUGGUAGCCUCCACCGACCAUGCAAGACCGAGCCAGCGCCCGGAUAUAUACCAACGGCAGUCCUCUACGCUCCACUAUCAGACUUUUCCUACAGCACCGCCAAGGCAUCCGGGACCACGACAGGGAAGUGACAGGAACAUGAAGAGCAACGGCGCCGCAUCGCCGCAGGAGGAAAGGCAUGCUCAGCACGAUGACGGCAGGCACGAUUCGAGAGGAUCUGGCGAGCGUCGGGAAACUCCGCUACCGAAAGGUCAACUUGCGGUUUUAGCUAUCAUUGCGUUGGCGGAACAGACAGCUUUGAACAGCAUCAGUCCGUACAUACCAGAAAUGGCAUCGACGUUUCCCGAGGUCAAGGCUGGUCAAGUUGGGAUGUAUGUGGGUGUGAUCGCAUCAUCCUUUGCUUUGGCACAAUUUGCAACGAAUUUCGCAUGGGGCUGGCUAUCAGAUCGGAUUGGGCGCAAACCUGUGGUCUUAACAGGCACUUUCCUGACAGCAUGCUGCUUUGUCGCCUUCGGUUUCAGUAGAAGGCUUUGGCAUGCUAUACUCAUACAGGCGCUGAUGGGUCUUGUGAACGGAAACCAAGGCGUUAUCAGCACCUGCUUGGGUGAGAUCACGGACCGAAGCAACCAAUCUCGGGCGUUCACAUAUCUGCCUGUGAUAUAUGGUCUGGGCGGUAUCACAGGCCCUAUCGUCGGUGGUCUGUUGGUAAUGAGGCAGGAUCCUUCUCAUCCUGACCGACCAAAUCCCUACCCGUACCUAGCGCCAAACCUGCUAUCAGCUGCUAUUCUCUUCGUAGACCUCAUCGUGACGGCCAUCUUUCUGCGCGAGUCGCUGGACUGCGCAAAAGAUCUGCCUCCGAUCGGUAAGCGCAUCGGCAGCCUCUUCGCAUGGAUGUGGCAAUUCACGAGCUCGCACCGGCCUACCUACUUGCGGCGAGCGAAAAAAGCGCAGGAAAGCCAUCAUGACGAGGAUGAGGACGAUAACGAGACCGACGAACAUCCUCACCUCUUUCCCGAAGUGAGCGAGGACCUGCUUCAUAGCAAGGAUGUGUUUAACCGCGAUACCAUCUUGUUGCUCGCAACGUUCCUUAUCUUCCAGCUCAGCAACAUCAGCUACAAUAGCUUGUACCCUGUCUUCGCGCAAGCAGACCCACCCACUGGCCGUAACCUCAGUCCGUCCGAAAUAGGAUUAAGCUUGGCCUUUGCAGGUGUCGUCACAAUCCUGUGGCAAGUUGGCAUCUUUGGUCGGGUACGAGAAAAGAUCGGAAACAGAAUAACUUACCGAGCAAGUCUGGCUGGCUUCGUAAUCGCCUUCGUACUCAUGCCGUUCGUGGGCUACAAAUCCGGCACGUCAGACCCGCACGAUCUUCCAACCAAAUCCGGCAAGGCUUGGCUGUGGGCGGAGUUGGGUAUCGUGCUGAUCAUUAAAACCGUCGCCGCUGUAGGCGGGCUGACAAGCGCGCUACUCCUCAUCACCAACUCCGCCCCAUCACACGCAGUCCUUGGCACGCUGAACGGGUUGGCGCAGACAUUGUCCGCGGGAGGUAGAGCUAUCGGACCGGUCAUCAGUGGCAGUCUGUUCUCGGCUGCAACGCGAGUACAACCCAAGGGCGAGGCGCUUGCUUUCGGCAUCUUCGGAGGCAUUGCUUUCCUUGGCUUCUUGCUCGCCUUCGGCAUUAGGGGUGCUAGCCUCGAGGGUGAAGGCUGGGUUGAGCAUGAUGAAGAGGAGGGUGAAGAGGAUGAAGAGGACGAUGACGAUGACGAGCACACUCAAGAGCAUCGUGCCAGGUGA